AUGGUCGAUAGAUUCGACUCCUACUUCCCCGGCCGCAUCAUGGGUCAGCCACAAGAUGACGAUGGAUCCACGGUAUACGUGUCCACCGACAACGGCUGGACCAACGACGAGAGAAGCGUCACCGGUAACCCCGGCCCGCCGACGUUCGCUGGCCCGGCCACUCAUUCGAAAUCCCCCAACCUCAUCGACUUUGAUUCGUCUGGUUACGGGGAUAUUCCCUCCAGCAAUAACCUCACGGAGAAGACGACUAUUGUCAUGAAUCAAAACUCUGACCAAACUGGAACCGACAAUGCCGUCAAGGGGGUCCAAUCACUUGGUCUUGGUUCUCAUUCCCACACUCAGAGUGAAAGCAACCUGGAUCCUGCAUCGGCAGGCUCCAUUUGCACCGGCUCGUAA